AUGAUAAAAGAUUAAUAACAUGAAGAAAACAAUCAUAAUUCAGAAAUAAGGGAAAAAAGACCCGAAUAUACGUUCAAAAGUGGUGCUAUAUAUGAUGGAGAAUGGAAAGGAAAUAUGCGAGAUGGCUAUGGAGAGCAAAAAUGGCCAGACGGAGCUCGAUAUGAAGGCUAAUGGUGUAAUAAUAAAGCUCAUGGAAAGGGUAAAUUUUAUCAUGUAGACGGGGAUAUUUUCGAAGGAGAAUGGGUUAUGGAUAAGGCUAAUGGUUAAGGCGUUUAUAUACAUGUGAAUGGUGCAAAAUAUGAAGGAUAAUGGAAAGAUGAUUUAUAACAUGGGUUUGGAAUUGAAACUUGGAAUGAUGGGUCGAGGUUCGAAGGAAAUUAUAUAAAUGGAAAAAAAUCGGGACAUGGAAUAUAUGCUUGGGCUGAUGGUUCAAAAUACAAUGGAGAAUGGAAUGAUAAUAAAAUUUCAGGAAAAGUUAAAAAAAAAUUAGUUUUUUAUUUUUAAUAAAAUUUAAAGGGUACUUAUGUAUGGUCUGAUGGUAGAUAAUAUGAAGGCGAAUGGUUAAAUAAUAAUAUGCAUGGAAGAGGUAUAUAUACAUGGAAAGAUGGAAGAAAAUAUGAAGGAGAAUAUAGCAAUGAUAAAAAAAAUGGUUAUGGUAUUUAUAUUUGGGCUGAUGGAAGGAAAUACGAAGGUGAAUGGAAAAACGGAAAAUAAUAUGGAAAAGGUAAAUAUAUAUAAUUAGAUGGAACAAUUAAAAAUGGGAUAUGGGAAGAUGGGAAAAGAAUUAAAUGGGUAGAUGAUGAGGAUAAUAAUUAAAAUGAAUGA